UAUGUGCAUUGGCAAUAAUAAUGGUAAGCACAACUACAACAACAACAAUUGCUGCUGGACAACCAACGAGUAGCUCAAAUCAUCAUCCACAUCAACAGCAACAAGCAGCGGCGGCGACACUAGGCUCGACCGCAACCGCAGCUGCAACCGCAAACAAUUCCAAUUACCAGAGAUCAGCAUCCGAGCAGCAACAGCAACAACAACAUCAGCACACACAAUCGUAUCACCAUCCAUCAUCGUCAACAUCGUCGUCGACAACGACACAUAACAGCUAUUAUAACUCAUUAGCAUUAAAUGGUGUUGGUAGUAAUAAUAACAAUAACAACAGCACCAGCAGAAGCAAUAGCAACGUCAAAAACAGAGUUGCCGCUAAAACCGUUUCACUAAGUGGUCUCACCACCGCAACGGGGCAAGCGAGUGAUGCUGACGUUGGCGUAGACUACCACCAUUCAUCUCAUUACUCGUCGCGACCUUCGUCAUUGUACAACGGUAGUGGCAAUAUUGCUGGCGACGACCAGACUAGCAACAGCAGUUCUCCCUCAACAACCAGAACGCCUGCGGUGGAGGAGGAAACCGCAAACGUUGAGGAGGAACAGCCACAGAGCCAUGAAUCGACAGCAGUCACAAAGUCGCCAACAACAGCAACAACAACUGUAAAUUUAUCGCAAGGUCUUCUUUCCACCUCACCGCCGCUGCUGAACGAUCAAAUAUCGCUAUUAUUUCCAAAGUGUCGACCACGUCAACUGUCACCAAAUAGCAACGCCGCAACCAGUCGCAGCGACAACAUUCAGAGCAAAAGUCAUAGUAGCUGUGAUAGCGAAGCCUUAAACGCCACGCGCGCACUAUCGAAGAACGAAGAGUACACACCCAGCACGCCAGUUGGUAGUCAUAAAAAACGCUUGAACCCGAAAUUUGAACGAGACGUGUGCGACAACGAGUCCACAGAGAACAUCAGGGUAGAAACAGCAGCAGCAGCAACAGCACCAACACCAACACCACUGCCGUCAGUGCCGGUGCCAGUGGCGGCGACCACGACAACCAACUACUACAAAAGCGUCAAUAUUAUCACACAAUCACCACCACCGCCCUCAACGUCUUCGGUGUCAUCCGAGUCGCUGUCGUCGGUGACCCCACGUAUUUCGACAAAUCCGUUUCUUAGUCAUACAGGCAGCGUGGAGAGAAAACCACUUGAGCGCGCAGCUCGCCAUCAACACAGAAACAGCGAGGAAGAGAAACAAGCAUUGAGCACACGUCGUACGCGCAACGAUAAAGGCGGCGGCGAUCUCUAUAACGAACACGGCAUCUGCAGCGACGAAAUCGAGGUCGAAAAUAUUAACGAUAACGGUAUCGCUGAAGACGAAGACGAAGAGCUACCCGUGCCCUCGUAUCCGCCUACAUUCUACUACCACACCGAAACGAAACAUUCGCAGUCACAAGCGCGGCAGCGCCAACAUCAAACCGGCGACAGCAGCAACAGUUACGAAAUGCCACGUAAGCGCGCCAGUUAUGGCACGCACCACCACCCCAUCCAGCAGCCGUACACGCAUUUUACGAGCUCAGCGGCGCAACAGCAGCAGCCGCAGCAUCAGCCAGUCCAACUGUUACAACAACACAAGCAAGCCAACCAUGGCGCGAACGUAACAACGGGCAGCUUUAAUCAGAAUCCAUUUAUAAGAGAUGGCAACUACUGGGAUACAGUGCGUCAUAAUUCCACAAAUGAAGCAGCAGCAACGGCGGCGCAUGUCACCAAUGAUACUGAACAUGCGACUUCACCGCCCAGCUACGAUGACAUAGGCGAUGCGGAGUCCCACAACAUAACAACUUCUGUCAGCACUCAAUCAACCACAUUCGGUUCCACGUCCACGACAACAAAACCAGUUGAUAUCGCAGCAACCAAAAUGACCGCGCGACGGUCGCAUUACCAGCAACAGCCUUACACAAAUAGUGUUCCUCCCCGGCAACACCAUCCUCCGGCAGCGCAGCGCACACAGUCACAAUCACAACACAUCAGCCGUCUUGCUCGCGCCAUAACGGAACCCGACGCCGCUGGUGGGCAAUAUGCUGAAAUGGGUACAAAACACGGUCAUAACUUUAAGCAACAGCUAAUGCAGCAGCAGCAACAGCAACAGCAACAAAGUGGUCUGCAGGCCGUACAAAAUUCAUGCGCUGAAGGUCUCACACCGAUCGCUAGUCAUUAUUUGUAUGGGAGCAAAACGUCGUUGGACCUGCAACCGCAACAGCAGCAACAUGUCAUUAGUGUCAGCGAUAAUAGUAUACUUGUCGAGCGCGAGAUAAGGGAGCGCGAUAGAGAACAACGAGAACAACGGAAGGCGGCAGCAGCUUAUGUGGGUGAUUGGGAAAGGGAAAGAGAACGCGAACACGAACGGGACCGGGAACGUGGUCGCGAGCGAGAAUGGCAGCUAGAGUGUGAGCGAGAAAAUGAAAGAGAAAUGCAACGAGAACGAGAAAAAGAAAAGGAAAGGGCAAACGGGCGGGAACGUGAACGUGAUUUUGAAAGAGAACAAGGCCGUUGCAUUGAUGUCGAUGCGGGUGAACCGCAACAGUACCAGCCUGUGAAACACCGGAACUCCAGGAAGCACAGCAACGUCGCCAAUACAAACGGACAUUCUGUGGCUAAUAAUGGGGAAGUGGUGGUAUUCGACGAUAUCGCCGAAAGUUGGCAAAAUUUGAGAGUAACAACCGACACAAGCGCCCCAACAAUACCAACAGCUAUGACUCGACACCAGCUACAGCAGCAGCAGCAACAAAAGCACCACAGACAACCCGCAUCCUUGACACUGGUUGACGACGACAAAGAUGAAUACGCUGAACAAGUCGUCAACAACCACGGCGAUGUGGAGGUGACAGGAAGUCACAACACUAGCAACAAUGGCACGUCAAUAAUGUACAAGGAUCAUCCAAAGAGAUACUUGGAUCGAAGUGGCUACACAAUGCACGCAGUGGAAACGCGACACGGCAUAAUAGAGUACGAGGGUUCACCACGCCGCAUUGGCGGACAGACAAGUGGCGUUGCGCCCACUGCUGAUGAUGAUAAGCAGGCCGAGGAUGCGGUAGCAGCGGCAGUGGCAGAUGCAGAUGCAGAAGAGAUAGCAGAAGAUGUAGAUGUGGGACUGUCAAUGCAGCCGAAUUCGGUGCACGUACAGCAAAAGCGCUUGACAAAGACCACUGCAGCGGCAACAAGCUCCAACAAUGGCGCUGGUGGCAACAGCCAACAUACGACUACAACAACAACAACAACCACGCACAAUUCACCACAGCAACAAUAUCCGGCGCGUCCCGGCUUUCCGCAGCGCAUUAUUUCACCGCCACGCGAGAGUACUCCACCAAUUAUGCUGCUAAGUCAUAAUAAUUCUAAACACCAACAACAGCAGCUGCCGGAUUAUCAAUACCAGCAGCAACCACAAGCGUUACAACAGCGGCAAUCGUCGCCACCAACAGCUUGCACUUUGGACAAUAACGCCGAGGAUACGAGCAAUGAUGUCUCUGAGAUUGGCACAAUAUCCGAUUUGACCACACCGGAAGCUAUAUCUGCAACGGGUGUGCCAACAACGUUCACCUGCGCCACCGAUUCACCGGCGCUUAAUGUGGCGAAUUCCGCAGCCAUGCCGCCACCAAGUACAAGCGCAAUGGCGGCGUGCAAGCCUGUGACGACAAUUAGCAGCAGCGCCUUUAGCAUACCAACAAAGUCUUCGACGUUCGACUACCUCUAUGAAUUCUCCGAGACGCGCAAAGUGCUCGAAGAGUUCUUCAAGUGUCCCUCGAUAGACGAUCGACCGAUUGAGAAUGGAAGCGACGUUGAUAGUAUCGACAUCCAAUACGAAUUCCAUAGCAAUUUGGAUCGCGGUGACGAUGAUGAGUUAGACUCGCACUCAAAUUUAAAUGUAGACGCCGAAGACGAAGACGAUGAAGAAGAAGAGGAUGACGACGACGAUGAUGAUGGACUAAUGGGUGUGGAUAUGGAUGACAUACAUCCACAGCAAAACCAUCACCACCAUCACCAGCUACAGCAACAACAUAACAACCAAAUGCGACAGCUGCAAACAACAUUGCAACAACGCAACAAUCCGCGGGAUACGCAGUCACAUUUGCAAACAUCACCAACACCAACAGCGACAUAUCGUCUUCAGGCGCAACAGCAACAGCAACAACAACAACAACAACAGGAAAAACAACAUAUAAAAUACCUGCAACAGCAACCAUUACAACAAUCACAAACCCAACAAGAAGAAACGCAGAGAACAGCAACAACAACAACAACUACUACUACUAAUCAGCGCGCACGUCUUCAUCAUCGGCAGCAACAACAAACUACCAACAACAGCAACAUCACCAGCAGCAAUAACAGCAUCAGCAAUAGCAAUAGCAAUGUUUACAAUAAUUCGGUGCAUGCACAUCGGCGACGCUUUACCGCCAGUCCAUUGAUGCGUGACUUUGAUUUCUUCCUGGACUCGGCUAGUCGUAGUAGCGGCGAGCAAUUGGAUCAACAAGAUGGUGUCAAUCACAAUCAGUUAGAUACACCGAGCACUUACCGUUAUUCACCCGAGACAACAGACUACGAUUCGAAUUGUGGAGAUUUGGAUAGUCUCUCUGGUGAAAUAAACGGUGUCUCAACAUCAUGUUCGAACUACACAAAGUACUAUGCCUCCAGCAUGCCUGUACUUGAGGAUGGUCUCUCCUCCGGACACACCUCCGACACGGAGAACAACAACCAAAAUAAUCUGAAUAGCAACAUGCAACAGCCGAGCGCCGCGACAUCCCACAAUCUCGUCGGUAGUGGUGGCAUUUCGAUGUUGAUGGACACGAAACGCUUGUCCACCAACAACAGCAUCAAUAGCAUGAACAAUCUGACGAUCUCAACGGCCGAUGGUGGUGUAGGUGGUGUUGGCGGGGAGCCAAGAAACAACUCGAUAUCGUCAAAUAUUAUUCAUGAUACAAUGUACUUACAUAGAAACGAUAGUCCCACGCCAACAGCUGGUUUGCACGAAGAUUCUGGGCGUGAAUCGGUGCGUUCGGCCACGAAGCGUGAUGGACGCGUUGGUGAACGCGAGCUGCUGGGACAGAGUCCAACAAAUAACAGCAACAAAAAAGUAUUCAAGAAUAUUGAUCCCGAACUGGAUUCGCUUUACUCGAUAAGCAUUUUCCAUCGCCCCGAUAUGGUGCAGAUGACGCCACCACCGCCUGCACCAGCCCCGCAUCGCAAGCCGAAUAUACUAAGCCCUGAACCGGAGAUCUUGCAACCCACACCCUACAAGGACAACCUACACUCUGCACCACCACCACCCAGCGCCACAUCGCCCAUCAGUAGUGCACUCGUUCCAACAGUCGGUAUCAACUCCAACAGUGGUGUCACAUCUGUGGCUUCGGCUAUCAGCUCAACGCUGAAUCGCAGCAAAUUACACACACAGCAUCAGAGUGGCGUUGGCCUCAGCACCGCACAACGCACCAACCAAUCGCACGCUCAGUCACAGCCGCCACCGCAGCCACAGUCAACCCAGUCAUUGCCAGCAACGCAGACCCACUCGCAAUUGCAGCCACCACCGCCUCCAAUACCCGAGCGCAGCAUACCGCGCACACCUUCGCCUGUGAUGAAUUCGCCUGUUUGGCUGCCCCGUAAUCUGGAUAAUAGCGCCAUAAAAAGUCUACUCGCUUCCUCGCCUGGACAUCACUCGAAGAAUCUGAGCGCAGACGAAGAUGAUGUCGACACUGAUCUCGAAACAGAUCGACUGCUCGGCCAUCAACGGCUAGACGAUCAGGGUUACUAUGAUGAUAACAAAUCGUGGGAGUCACGUAAGCCGCGCGCCUCGAUACUUUCGAAAAUCUCGCCCAAGCAGCAAAUGGCGAGCACUAAAACACGCAAUGGCUAUAAUGCUUUGCUCACGACCACACCCGAAAUCCCACCGCCGAUACCACCGAAGAACUCGACUAGCAAACUGCUCGACAUUGACGGUUCCAUAUCAUCAUCCGAGCACAGCGACAAGUCGCCAAUCAAGUCGAUCGAUGCACAAGACUGCGUAGUCACAAUGGGCAGCCCGGGUGGCUCGGAUGGCUCCGCUUGCAUCAGCGGUAACUCGAAGAAAGAGCUCGAUCUCUCGACGAUCAACUCAAACGGUCUGCCGAAUAGCGGCGGCAGCAAUAGUGGCAGUGGCAGCGGUAACUGUAGUGGAGGUGGUAGUGGUGGUGUUGGCCUUGUUGGCACUGGCAAUGCGAAUGGCAGUGUUGGUGGCAGCGGUAGCGGUGGUAGUGGCAAUGGCAACGGUGUUGGUGGUGGCGGUGGUGGUGGUGGUCACAGCAGCUCCGCUGGCUCCAACAGCACUAGCGGCGAGAAAAAAGUCAAAAAGAGUAAGAACAAAGAAGGUAAAUGUAUUGGUUUAUCUUCGCGCAAGUAGUGUCGUUUCAACAAUUUUAGUCAACGUUGUUGUUGUUCCUAUUAGAAUAGCAUUUUUGUAAAUGGGCGUACAGCGGCGACAUUGCGGCGAGUUAGUACACACAUUUGUAGUAUGUAGAGAGAGAAAACUCGCCGAAAAGCAAAGCCGCAGAAUACUACAAAUGAAUUCGUGUAGAGUUUGCUGAUAAUUUUCAAAAUUGCAUCAAUAAAAUUGUUGUAGUGUCUUUUCCAAAUUUAGUUGUACGAACUUGUGUUUUUCGAAUAUAUUUUUGUAGUUUCGAAGUUCAUUUGUAGUGUUCGUGACAACAACGAAUUUUUGGUUGUUGUAUACGUUUGUGUGUGUCUGUGUGUGUUGCGCCCAUUUGCAGUUGUUAUUUUUUAAUUUCUACAACAUCGAUCGACGUUUUUCUAACUAUUACAAUUUUCUAGUACAACUGAUAUAUUUUCAACAUUCUGCUAAUCUGUGAUAACUCUUAUUUUUGCAUGCGUUCCGUUACGUUUCGUUUUUUGACGAACAAAAAAAAAUUAUGUAAAACUGCUUUCAAACCGCCGCAUACUUUGUAAGAUAAUAUUUCUAAAUGUUUUUUCAAUUACUAUUAUUUUUAGUGUAGUGUUCGUGGCACAGACGAAUUUGUGAGGGAGUGAAAAAUAAAUGCAGUCGAGUUGUAGAACAUUUCGAAAUGUUAUAAGAAGAGCAAUUCUUCAUAGCUUUUA